GUGAGGUCUAAUCCAAGUUGAGAGAGAGAGAGAGAGAGAGAGUGAGAGAUUUUUGGGAAUCGAAUAUUUUGUUUUUACGUAAUUGAAUACACGGAGAACACGUCUUCAAUGGCGCCCGCUGCUUGAAUCGAAACACCCCAUCGCCAUCUCUCUCUCUCUCUCUCUCUCUCUCUCAUCACUGUUGGAGCAGAGCCUUUUGUUCUCACAUACAUACACACGCACAUAGAUACGUACACUUAUAUAUUUAUAUAGUCUCGUUUAUGGUUUGGAGGAAAGCAAUGAGCUGGCGAAGAGUCGCGAAGUCUGCGCAGGCCCUAGCUGCCCACGCCUUCCUGUUUUGUUUCACGCUCUUGCUCGUUUUCAAGCUCGAUCACCUCGUCUUCUGCUCGUGGUGGGUCAUUUUUUUCCCACUUUGGCUCUUUCACGGAGUUGUUGCACGGGGAAGGUUCUCGUUACCUGCGCCAUCUGUUCCCCAUGGUCGUCAUUGGGCACCAUGUCAUGCUAUCGUUGCGGCGCCAUUGCUUAUUGCAUUCGAGCUGCUACUCUGUAUAUAUCUUGAGAGCAUUGCUGUGUCUGGUUCUGCAGCUGUUAACUUAAAGAUUGUCUUCCUUCCCCUGCUUGCAUUUGAGAUAAUUAUCUUAAUAGACAAUUUCAGAAUGUGCAAGGCUCUAUUGCCAGGGGAUGAUGAAAGCGUGAGCGAUGAAGCAAUAUGGGAGACACUUCCUCACUUUUGGGUGGCAAUCUCCAUGGUUUUCUUCGUCGCUGCUACAUUGUUCACCCUCCUUAAGCUUUGCGGUGAUGUGAAUGCUCUAGGAUGGUGGGAUUUAUUCAUAAAUUAUGGUAUUGCAGAGUGUUUUGCGUUUCUUGUUUGCACAAAGUGGUCUAAUCCGGUGAUACAUAGGAAUUCUCGUACACGAGAAGCGAGCUCGUCAUCUAAUGCUAUAAGAUAUCUUGACUGGAACAGUGGUUUAGUUGUUUCUUCAGAUGAUCAGUCCCAUGACAGAAUAUGUAGUUUGCAAGACAUUGGAGGCCAUAUUAUGAAGGUUCCAAUAAUUGGUUUCCAAAUCCUUCUUUGCAUGCAUUUGGAGGGGACACCUGCCGGUGCAAAAGAUAUUCCACUUCCAGUACUUUUCUCUCCGCUUUUUCUAUUGCAAGGUGUUGGUGUCCUGUUUGCUUUGUCUAGAUUGGUAGAGAAAUUUGUUCUAUUACUACGCACUGGAGCUGACACAGGACGAUAUUUUUUGGUGUCUUCAAAAGUACGUGAAUGCUUUGGCUACUUGCACCAUGGCUCCAGGCUUCUUGGUUGGUGGUCAAUUGAUGAGGGGAGCCGAGAAGAACAAGCUCGACUUUUUCACGAUGGCGCCUCUGGUUAUAACACUUUUUGUGGUUAUCCUCCUGAAAUUGUGAAGAAAAUGCCUAAGAAGGAUCUUGCAGAGGAGGUUUGGAGACUUCAAGCUGCGCUUGGUGAGCAAACAGAGAUCACAAAAUUCAGCCAGCAGGAGUAUGAAAGACUUCAAAAUGAAAAAGUUUUAUGCAGGGUUUGCUUUGAGGCUGAGAUUGGUGUCGUCCUGCUUCCAUGUAGGCAUCGCAUUCUUUGCAGUGCCUGCUGUGAUAAAUGCAAGAAAUGCCCUAUUUGCCGUGUCUUGAUUGAGGAACGAUUACCUGUAUAUGAUGUAUAGUGACUAACAUAUUACUGCUACAACUUCUUGUAUAAAUGCAUUGGUGCUUGUGCAAAUGUCAAAUUAUAACAGUGAUCUGUUCUUGUUGAAAGUUUUUUAGCAACACUGAGCAUCACUUUGAUUUAAACUACAGAAGCAAAGUUAGGAAACUUACACACUGCGGAUAUUACUAUCGAAUAGCUUUUUCCCUUUGUAUAUAUGUCUUUAGUCAUGGUCACAAAACAGUUAUUCUGACUUUUUUUGUCUCCCUUGUUUUAAAA